GCAUCUACAUCUUACACUAGAUGAUGCUAGUAAGUACCUGGCGAAUUGUCCACGGGAGCUACAGUCAUCUAGAUGGUUUUCCUACUAAGGAAACUAGUGGCAGCUACCUUAGUCUCCUUCUUGUUACCCCAGAUAACUUCGAUCAUAAAAUAGCCAUCCUAAGUGAGAUUCUGAGUAUGAAUCAAACCAAGAUCAAAAAUCCACACAACCACCAGAUCAGCCCACAUCAUCGUCUCCGCCGACAGUUCUCCGACUCCGAGAGAACCUUAAUAGAGUGUUCUUUCUUGUCUGAUAUCAUCAUCAUCAACCAACGUCAUCCAUUCAUGAAGGAAACCCACUCAUACCCUGGCCCUUAAAGAAGAGUACAGGGUUCCGUCUUCCCCGUCCGGUUCCACCAGCAAACGAUUUCCAUUCCCAAACCAGCCAGGGGGAAAUUAGAACAUGAUCGGGAAGUAUUUCACAGCUAAUUAAUUCAGUUAAUAAAAAAUUCUCAAUCAGUCCUUGAUCUUGUACUUGGUGAUUAGUUAGUUAUAUCCCUCAUUCAUGACAAGGAAAGACUACAGUCGACCGUGACUAGACUAGAGGGGAAAAAGAAAGAAAAACGAGGUGGAUGUCCGGUUUCAGGGAAAGCCAAGUCGUGCUUUGGACGAUGCUGAUUGGCGGUUUGAAGUUCCCGACGGGCGGGCAGCUGAAGUUGGCAG